CAGUGGGAAUAUAUAACGAAUUUGCAAAGUGUUUUUUUCAUUGUUCAGUCAAGUUAGCCUAGUACUAGUAUGGCGGUAAUCGUACGUCACUAGUUUGAAAUGUGUUUACCAAACUCGUACGGUAGGCUAGGCUAAUCCUCGCCUUGGUAGCCUAAACAGUCAACACACAUUUUCUGUAUUUUUUAUAGUACAUACUGCAAAUCGUAAUACCGGUACACUAUUAAAUUAAAGAUGAGGAAUGAACCACUUAACUUGUUAGUAGUGGUGUAGUACGUAAUGAAACCCCAUUUCAUCAACUUGCACAAUUAACAGGCGGCAAACCAGCUACCCUAGCUAUUAGCUAUUUAUUUAGGGAGACUACAACUUGCAAUUGUACGAAAAGUCCAACACAGUGUAUAGUGUGGUGAAAAUUCAAAUAAACCUAGGCUAGGCCUAUUUUACCACAGAUUACAGAUAAACCUACACUUGGAGUGAAGGCGAACUUUCAAGAAUUUGUGUGAUCCAUGGGACCAAAUUUCUUAUUUAGAGCUCCUCUGACCUAUCUUAAUCCUUAGACCAACUUAUCUGCCGUCGAGGUUACUUAACUACCUAGGUCUUAACUACCUAGGUACUCAACAUAGCCUAAUCUUAAAAAAGAUAGGACUAAGUUGUGAUUUGGAGCUACCUAUAGCAAGCAAUGUUGAUAAGAAAAGUGCUUAGUAAGUGGAAAGGAACAAAGUGGGUUACUGAGGACGGUUAUAUUUUUAAAUUCAAAAGGAAACUAAUCAAAAAAUAUGAGAAUUCUGUAUCGAUGCUUUGUCAAGUAAAACAUUGUUCCGCAGUGUGCUAUGUACAAUUUGAAGUGCCCUGGGAAUGUAAUCCUGAAUGUGGAAAAAUAAUUGCUUUGAAGAAGAAUCAUGCUCCUGGUUUUAUGUGUCAAGAAAAGAAUUUCUAUGCUAUCCAAAAACUACGGCGAAAUAUACUUGUGAGGGCGGAAAGAGAAAAUACGGAACUCUCGGUGAUAUUCCAAGAAGAAACAAACAAAGCUCCUGAUGAGGUAAGGGAUAAACUCAAAUUUUCUCAGUUGGAGCGAACAAUGCAAAGAGUUCGCGCUCAUAUUUCGGCUAAUCUUGGCACACCAAAUACUAUGGCAGAAUUUGCUCAGCUUCUGGACCUGUGGAAAGACAAAUAUGGCACUGUGAAUCAUGAGAAGUUUUGCCUUGGUCUUCAAGGAACCGGAAAUGAAGAGUGUAUUAUAGCUGCAGUUUCACCUAUUAUUAACCACCCAUCCUUCGACAAAACCGCACCUUGGCAUCUACAUGGAACCUUUGAUUGCCUACCGAAAUCCCCAAGGAUGAGCCAGUUGUUCGUGAUCAUGUCAUCACAGUUCGGUAGAUCUGUACCAAUUAUUUGGGCUACCAUGACAACAUGCACAACAAAAGCGUACAAUGUGUUGUUUAAGGCUGUAAAAGAGCAUUUCCCAGGAAUAAAACCCUCCGUUAUCUUAGGAGAUUAUGAGAAGGCUAUGCGUUCUUCUUUAAAACGAAUAUUUCCAUCCUCAAAGCAAGUAGGCUCUUGGUUUCAUUUUAUACAGGCUAUUGAAAGGAAAGCAAAGCUACUAGGCAUUCCUUAUGAUGGUCCUGGUGAAGGGAAAACAAUUGCAAAAUGGUUAAUGGCAACAGCAUUACUUCCUCACGACCAAGUUGAAGAAGCCGUGGCCCAACUGGAAGAUAAGUCGCUCAGUUUAAAUGACCCUGCAAAAGCCAGCCUCCUGAUAGAAUACUUUAAGAAAGAAUGGAUUCAAAAAGUGACAUCAAAGUCGUUCUCGGUUUAUGGACAAACAGAGAGAACCAACGACUGUUACGAAUCUCUAAUGAUGAGGAUUAAUAAAACAAUAAAACCCCAGGGGAAUGCUUGCGAUUUUUGGGAUGGUUUGAGAUCCAUUUCCGUUAAAGAGAUUAUGCUCUUUAACCGGCUGCAACGAGGGCCACCAUCAGCUGUUAGAAAACUAAGAAACAAAUGGCUUCUGAGAGACAGAAGUAUCAAAAGCAAACAAGAAAGGUUUAUUCGUGGUGAAAUUACAAUUGAAAAUUUUGUGGCCGAGACAAACUUUUUUAUUGUUCUGUCUGGGGAUACAAUCACCGACCCUGACUUCUACGAACAUGUGGAUAAAGAGAUGGUGCCCCUUGAUGUCUUCGAUGAUACCGAUAAUCCACAAUUGGAUCCUAAUGAAGACAAUGUUCCGACAAGAUAUGAUUUGAGUAACGAUCCUGGGUGCUUCAUUGAGCCUGUAGCUAUUGAGGAGGAGGUUAUGCAAGAAGAUUAUGAAAAUACAAUCAACUCCGACAAUUAUGAAAAUACAAAUAGCUCGGACAAUUAUGAAAAUACAAAUAACUCCAUGUAUUCACCUGGGCUUGGUGAAGAAGACGAGAAUGCUGAUGCAGACUCUGAAUUGCUGCAGAUAAAAGAUGAGAUAUUUGAUGAGACCAGGACCUUCAGCUCAAUGGGGAUUGAACCGUCACUUUCAUAUCAAACCGAAGAAGUUGAAUCACCUUCUGAGAACGCAACAGGUCCCAGUGCGUCAACUAACGACGACACUAUGACAGACUUAGGAGAAGAUUCUUCAGUACAGGUAGUAAAAUCUUUAGUGGAAGAGACACUAGGAGCUUCUGCGCCAAUGUUGAAGAUUAUCAGUGCUUCCACUGCCCCAGCAACAGAAAUCUUCCAGGACCUUUCAGGCCAGUCACCCAACAAAACCUCUUGUUUUGUAUCUGCCUGUGAUAUUUUUGAUGGAAUUUAUGUCUCGCUUAAAACUGUCCCUAAUGAACAUAGAGAAGCUGCUAAAGUAAAGAUGGUACAGCUUGUUAAGUAUUUGUCUACAGGAAAUGUAGAUCCAUCGACAGUGAAAUUUUCAUCAGUAACUUAAGUUUGGAGAUAGUGAAGGUAGUUUUCUGUUUAAACGGGAACUUCACAACACAUCUACAGAGCUGGGUCAAAAUCUAAGGGGGACUCACAAGCAGUAUCAGGUGCAUACCUGAUGUUUAUUUAAUGAACUUUUAUAUAACCAGUCAUUUGGAUAACCAAUAUCUGGACAAUUUUGCUCUUCUGUAAUUUUGAAUGUACGAGGGCUGUUCAAAAGGUUAUACUUUUAUACUUUUUUUAAUGAAAUGGCGACCAUACAAAAGUAGGUAUUUUAAGCCAAGUAUGAAUUGAGA